AUGGCAACAAUUUACUACAACAAUAACUCGACAUCAACGCACGCAAUGGAAAGAACAGCAUUCUUGAACGACGACGACACCGACAUACAAAUAUACCUAUUCAAAAACCAAGCUCGAAAUUCCGUGUGUAUGAGCGAGUACUCUUACUACACAGACUCAAAUUUAUCAUUUGACUCGUUCGAGAUCGAUAAAGAAGAAGAGCGAAUAAAUGACUUAAUCGAUCCAGAAACCUUAUAUUUUCUUAAUUUUGAUGGAGUUUAUUGUCGUGAAGAAAAUACGCAACAAAAAGGUUAUCGAAAUUCGAUAGACAGUAUAUUGUUGGAUACGAUGUUUGCGGAUUUUGACGGAGUUUUUUGUCGCGACGAAGAUGAAUUGAAUCAUCAAAUUUAUCAAAAUGAAUAUUUUACAACCGACUAUUUUUCAUAUAUAUCACAAUUAAGUCCCAACAAAACAUCAACAGCUGAAAACAGCAUCUACUAUAACGAAGGGACCAUGACACAAGAACAAUAUGAUGACUACGAAAGUAGUCUUUCUUUUUACUCGAAAAGAAGUUCGAUUUCAACAUCCGAUUCUAUUUCGACUGAAGAAUAUGCAACCGAAACACAGCCUAACAUACAAGUUGCUUCGCGAAUAUCGAUAAUAAAUCCGAAUGCAUAUCGAGCAUCUUUAUUUACAAUGUACAAACAAAAGUUACUUCAGGUUGAGCCGAUUCCUUGUCGCCAAGUGACUGAAACAUCAUAA